AAAUCCGGCAGAAGGGGAGAAAACCCUCUCUCUCUCUCUCUCUCUCUCUACAAUCGGGAAGGAAGAGAGGAAGAUCGCCAUGGAAACUAUACUCGUAGACUGUGUACAGAACAGUCUUCGUCUAUUCAUGUACAAGAAUGCCAUUUUCAUGUGCGAGCGUCUCUUGGCCGAGUUCCCCUCCGAGAGGGCUGUUUCGGUGAUAAUUUCUGGAAAUAUCGAACUUUUGUCCCCAUUGAUGUCGAACUGUCGAAAGAACUUUUUGGGCGUGCCUCAAAUUUUCUGCAAGAUAAAUUUGCAGCUAUUAGCUGCCGUCUACUUGCAGAGCGGCCAAGCUUACAGCGCGUAUCAUCUUUUAAAGGGAACACAAAUGGCUCAGUCCCGCUACUUGUUUGCUUUGUCAUGCUUCCAUAUGGAUCUUCCUAAUGAAGCUGCAUCUGCACUUUGCCCUCCUAAUGAACCUGGUGCGGAGAUCCCAAAUGGUGCUGCUGGGCAUUACCUUCUUGGACUUGUUUACAAGUUAACUGACCGGAAGAAGAAUGCUGUUCAGCAAUUUAGGCAAGCCUUGACUAUAGAUCCGCUACUCUGGGGUGCAUACGAGGAAUUAUGUGCACUAGGAGCUGCUGAGGAAGCAACUGCAGUUUUUGAUGAAGCAGCUGCUCUCUCAAUUCAAAAGCAGUACAUGCAACAAUUGUCAACUUCCCACAGCAUAAAUGCAGCCAAUGAGGAAUGUGAUUUCGUGGUGCCUAAUAAAAACUUUAGUUCUGAAGAUCCUAGUCCAAGGCAAUCAAAACUCACCCAAGGCAAUAGCCUUAAAGAUAUCUCUGGAAAUUACCAUGCCCAUGGCCUUAAUGGUGGUGCAUCGAAUAUGGCAUUGUAUAAUACUCCUUCGCCGGUGGCUUCACAGCUAUCUGGUAUAGCUCCACCGCCACUUUUCCGGAAUGUGCAGCCGGCUGGGCCAAAUCCAAUCUCUCUUACAUCUGAAAGUUCUCCGAAAUCCACGGUAAACUCUACUAUUCAAGCUCCCCGAAGGAAGUUUGUGGAUGAAGGAAAGCUAAGGAAGAUUUCGGGUAGGCUGUUCUCGGAUUCUGGUCCACGAAGGAGUACAAGACUGUCUGCAGAUUCGGGGGCAAACAGUAACUCCAAUGUUUCAGCAGUUAGUGGAAAUGGAAACACCUCUUCAAAAUAUCUGGGAGCUUCUAAAUUGAGUUAUUUGGCACUUCGGUCUGUGACAGUUCGCAAGGGACAGUCUUGGGCAAAUGAAAAUAUAGAUGAAGGGGUUCGAAAUGAACCUUUUGACGAUUCACGGCCCAACACUGCCUCAACAACUGGUUCAGUUACUUCCAAUGAUGCCAAAUUCCAUGAACAAGAAGAAGCAGCAGCAUCUGUUGGUAGCACAACAUUGAACAUCCAAAGAAUCACAAGUGGUGCUUCUGAAAUAUUAAGCCUCCUAAGGAUCCUCGGGGAAGGGUAUAGAUUGUCAUGCCUGUAUAGAUGUCAGGAGGCUCUGGAUAUGUAUACCAAGCUACCACAUAAGCAUUACAAUACAGGUUGGGUUCUUUCCCAGGUCGGAAAAGCGUACUUUGAGUUAAUAGACUAUUUGGAAGCUGAAAGGGCUUUCCAUCUUGCCCGCCAGGCAUCUCCUUAUAGCUUAGAAGGAAUGGACAUAUACUCUACUGUCCUCUAUCAUUUGAAGGAAGAUAUGAAGCUAUGUUACCUGGCUCAGGAACUAAUGUCAACUGAUCGCUUAGCUCCCCAAUCUUGGAUUGCUAUGGGAAACUGUUAUAGUUUGCGAAAGGACCAUGAAACUUCACUGAAGAAUUUCCAACGAGCUGUGCAACUGAAUCCAAAAUUUGCAUAUGCGCACACCUUAUGUGGCCACGAACUUUCGACUCUCGAGGAUUAUGAGAACGGAAUGAGAUGUUACCAAAACGCCCUUCACGUAGAUACAAGGCACUAUAACGCUUGGUAUGGGCUUGGAAUGACCUACCUACGGCAAGAGAAGUUCGAGUUAUCAGAGCAUCACUUCAGAAUGGCUUUCCUGAUAAAUUCAAGUUCUUCUGUUAUAAUGUCUUAUCUGGGGACAGCUUUACAUGCCUUAAGUAGAAGCGAGGAAGCCAUUGAGACAAUGGAGAGAGCUAUUCAAGCAGACAAGAAAAACCCUCUACCAAUGUACCAGAAAGCUAACAUUCUGGUCAGUUUGGAAAGAUACGAUGAAGCUAUAGAGGUUCUAGAGGAGCUCAAAGGGUAUGCACCGUGCGAAAGCAGUGUGUAUGCAUUGAUGGGUAGGAUCUAUAAACGUCGAAACAUGCACGAUAAGGCCAUGCUUCACUUCGGUCUUGCUCUGGAUAUGAAACCUCCUGCUGCAGAUGUUGCAGCCAUAAAGGCUGCAAUGGAGAAGUUGCAUGUUCCUGAUGAGAUGGAAGACAGCCCAUGAAAAAGACUUUCCUGCGCAGGAGAACCAUGGAGAAGAAGCUAGGGUUCCACUUCCACAGGUGUAAUAACCUGGCUCUGAGUGAUGAAUCUGAAAUCUGAAUGCAAGGAAGAGGUGUUUGACUUCAGGAUCCGAGUUUGUAAUUCAAAAGGGUUUUUGUAGUUUUGACCUCAAACCCUACAAAAGAAAAACCACAAGGAAGGCUGGCUACCACAUGAGAUUAGGGUUUAUGGUCAUGUAUCAUUAUUAUGUUAGGAUUGUAUCUUAUGUUGUAACGGACCGACCCUGAAAACUAAACCAUAAUCAAAUAUAUAAAAUAUGAUUCCCCAUUACAUUAA